GCGCCGCGGGCUUGGGAGGACCCCAGCGACAGCCCCAGCACAGGGCCCGGUGGACGCGGCCGCGGCGGUGGCGGGCGUUGUGACUGACGGCGUCGGUUCUCUCCUGAACGCACUCGGCUGGCCACCCUCGCCGCCCUGGCUGACGCUCUUGCGGCCGGCGCCAUGUCUGUGAGCGAGAUCUUCGUGGAGCUGCAGGGCUUUUUGGCUGCCGAGCAGGACAUCCGAGAGGAGAUCCGAAAAGUUGUACAGAGUUUAGAACAAACAGCUCGAGAGAUUUUAACUCUACUGCAAGGGGUCCAUCAGGGUGCUGGGUUUCAGGACAUUCCAAAGAGGUGUUUGAAAGCUCGAGAACAUUUUGGUACGGUAAAAACACAUCUGACGUCUUUGAAGACCAAGUUUCCUGCUGAACAGUAUUACAGGUUUCACGAGCACUGGAGGUUUGUGCUACAGCGCCUGGUCUUCUUGGCAGCCUUCGUCGUGUACUUGGAGUCGGAGACCCUGGUGACUCGAGAGGCGGUCACGGAGAUCCUUGGCAUUGAGCCAGAUCGGGAGAAGGGAUUUCACCUGGAUGUGGAAGAUUAUCUCUCAGGAGUUCUCAUUCUUGCUAGUGAACUGUCGAGACUGUCGGUCAACAGCGUGACCGCCGGAGACUACUCCCGGCCCUUGCACAUCUCCACCUUCAUCAACGAGCUGGAUUCCGGCUUCCGCCUCCUCAACCUCAAAAACGACUCCCUGCGGAAGCGCUACGACGGCCUGAAGUAUGACGUGAAGAAAGUGGAGGAGGUGGUCUACGACCUGUCCAUCCGCGGCUUCAACAAGGAGACGGCAGCGGCCUGUGCGGAGAAGUAGGGGCUCUUCGCGCGCCCCACUGACCCCAGCCUGGCGCCUCUCCCGGUCGUUAGGAUGCCCAUCGCUAAACACCGCGCUUCAUUUUCUUAACCGGUUGUGUGGUGUAUCAGAGUUGAAACACUUUUGGGGGUGAAAGAAUAGCCUUUACAAGGACAGAGUUUUCUUUGUCGUUUCAGUGAAUUUGCUCUGUAACUCAGUGUAUUUCAGUUCUGUCAAAAAGUGUAAAUGCCAACCUCUUGGUAAAGUUCUUUUCUUGCUUACCCUGAUGCUGUCGAUGUACUGAUGGAGAGCUUUACUGUCUUGUUUGUGAUUCUUCCAGGGGUGACCCUUGAUGUUUUCUAUAUCCAGAUUAGCCAUCCAUUCCCAGGUAUGCCCUGGAUACCGUAUAAAAAUAGUUAACUCAAAAGGAUGGUUGUCAAGCAAAGGACAAGUUAUUUUAUAUUUUCCUUCCUCAUUUUAAACCUUCUGAGUAAAUCAGAUGUUGAAUUUUUUUGCAAGGGAAGUAUAGCCCCAGGAUUCUCUCUCACUGCCAUCAAAAUAUCAAAGAUUAAACUGCAAAGUCAAGUUCAGAUUAUCUGGGGACAUUUUUGUAUUAAGGAUUGAGUAACAUCAUCUGGCUCUGCUUACCAGGUGGGGAGUAGGGGUAGAGUUUUAAAGCACCUCUGUGUUCUAAUGUUGCCUUAACAUCCUGCUGUUGCAGCAGGUAAACAUUGUGUCCACACACAUCUUGAACUAACAUUUCAUACGAUGUAUUUCUGAGCUAUGAAACUUUUUACCUAAUAGCCAGGUAGACUCCUAGGUCUGGGAGUGUAAAGCCACUCAGCGGAGUUAAUUCUCAACACCCUGACCGGUGAUGUUCUGACUGAGGAACGCUGUGCUUUGUCUGGAAGGAAGAGAAAACCUUGAAUUAAAAAACAAACA